AUGAGGUUAGACCCUCUUAAUGGUAAUAUAGAAAGGGAAUCAACUGGUUAAAUGAUUACAGUUACUAAUAAUUAUUAUUAUGUAUCCGUUGCUGAAAUCAAAAUGAAAGAAAAAGAGUAACUUGAUUAAUAAAUGAACUCCAAUAAUCUUUUGACAACAACGGCUCCUAACAAUAGUAAGAAAAGUAUUGAUGAUGAGUAGUUAGAUAAGUUGUAGUUUUUGGAUUCUGCAGAAAAUUUGAUCGAUAAUUAAUUUACAUUCUUUCUAAAAGAUCAAUCAAAUAUUAAUAUACUUAAUCAAAAUUAGGUCAAAGAGAUGAAUUUAAAUGAGAAAAAAAACAUUUUCAAAAAAUUUAGCAUGUAAAUACCACAAAAUACACCCAAUUUUCUUUAAAAAAAACCCGUAUUAGGAAAUUUCUAUGUAACAAUCAUACAUAAAUUAAAACAUUGUUCAAGAUUCAUUUAUAAUAACAAAGCAAAUUAAUUAAAUCUGUCGAUCAUUAUCAAACUUUUUUGGGAUGAGGAAUUUAUGGAAAAUGAUGUUUUGAAAUAAUUUGUUUAGGAUAGCUAAAUUCAUAUUGAUUAUGAGUUGAAGUUUAAUCAUUCUUCAUCUCAUUUAAUUAAUUAUAAAAGCUAAAUAUUAAAGAUAUCAAAUAAAUAGUUUAUUUACAAAGGAUAUUAAAGGAUAAUCUCCCACAUGGAAUCGGAAUCAAAUAUCUUAGAUUAAAAAAACUGGAAAUUAAUAGUUUGA